CAGGUUGUGGACUGCCUCGCAGACGGCAUGGCUUUCGGGGCCCUUGAGCCCUGUAAGGAGUGCAUGGGCCAGCUGGUGUUCAAGGGUGAUGCUUAUUACUGUCAAGGGGACAUCUCAGCCUGGACAAAGUGUGUGUUCAAAACAACGACUCCCAUUCGCAAUAACUGGAUCACCCCCAAGGAAUUCCAUGAAAUUCCCUUCCUGAAAAAAUUCAAGUUCAAGCGACAGGACAGGGUUUACCCAAAGGAGGCUCCUGCCGAAACUCCCAGCGCAGCCAAAGCUAAACCGCUGGCGAGUGCAUCCGGCGUCAAGACGGAGCAACUGCCAGAGGGAGCGCCUGCAGACAAACCUCUUACUGGUAUGAAACUGAUGAGUGUGGGCAAGCUGAGCAAGAACAAGGACGAUCUCAAGGCUUUUGUCGAGGAGCUCGGUGGAAAGAUUGCCAGCUCAGCAAAUAAAGCUUCUCUCUGCCUCAGCACCAAAAAGGAGGUAGAGAAGAUGAGUAAGAAGAUGGAGGAGGUGAGGGACGCUGGCGUGCGUGUGGUCUCCGAGGAUUUCCUCAAAGACAUCAAGUCGUCGGGUAAAGCCCUCCAGGAACUCGUCUCCCUGCACGCCAUCUCACCCUGGGGCGCCGAGGUCAAAGCUGAGGCUCUAGCUCCGUCAGUGGCCUCCAAGUCUGGAACGCCGGCUGCCAAGAGCACAGGCAGGGUGAAGGAGGAGGAAGGCAGUCUAUGGCAAACCAAGAAGAUGAAACUGACGGUGAAGGAGGAGGGCUGCGGAUCCAGAUUCAGGUACUGGGUGUUUCAGGUCAUGGGGAGAGUGGGUAACCACUAUCGGAGGCACAACUAA